AACAUGGAGAAACAAUGGUCUGCAGUUUGUGCACUGAUUUUAACUCUUUGUGCAUUUUUACACUUUCACUUGGUUUUUGCUGCAGCAGCUGAUGGAAAUGUAACAGCCAAGCCAGGAGUGUGUCCUCGCAGGCGUUGGGGCUCAGGGAUGUGUGCAGAGUUCUGCUCUAAUGACAGUGACUGCCCCAAUGAUGAGAAAUGCUGCCACAAUGGAUGUGGACAUGAGUGCAUUGCACCAUACACAGUGAAGCGGGGUCGCUGCGCUCUGCCCCAAGGGACUCCCAUGUGUGCGGAGUACUGCUAUCAUGAUGGUCAGUGUCCAGGAGAGCAGAAGUGCUGCAGGACAACCUGUGGCCACGCCUGCAGUGAGCCCUGCUGAUUGGACAGCCAGCUGCAUGUGUGCACUUAUUUGGUUUCUUUAAUGCAACAAGAAGAUGUGUUCAGCAAUGAGAAAUCAUAUUCAUUAUAUCACAUUUUGUCACAACUUUUGAGCAUUAAUUGCACAAACAAACAACAGUCUAUGCUCUCCACUUUUUAUGGAAGCAAGAAUAAUAGAAUAACCUAAUGUUUUGCUGUUAUGAAACAAUCAGGAGGAUGAACCAUUAAUGUAUGCUUUGAACCCUUCUGAUGACCAACUUGGGGAAUACCCCUGAUCUGGUUGGCGGUGUGUGUCACACUGGCCUCAUACAGUAAUCAAUUGUCAAUCAUUGUCUUCAAAAGACCUAUAUAUACUUUUGCCUUGAUUAGUUAACAACUUAUUUUAAUGUUGAUAGCAUUUAGGUCACAGUAAGUUCUUCUGUUUUAGUAGUAGCACUGUAUAUUCUACUACAAUCUCUUUCCACUGCUGUUUAAAUGGCUGAGAAAUGUACUGUACUAGAAAUUCUUUGUAUUUCAGCUAAUAAAACAUGUUUCC